CUCACCCGUUCCUGGAAUUUCCAUUGCGGCUUGACAAGCACAAGAACAAGAUGGCGCCGAAAACCUCGCCGUUCGAUCUCUCCAAAUGCGCGAGGCCCAACAUCCUCAAGUUGCAGCCUUAUAGGUGUGCGCGAGAUGACUACAAAGACGACGGCACCAACAUCCUCCUUGACGCGAACGAGAAUGCCUAUGGUCCUGGGCUGGCUCUUGAAGAGAAUGGGGUACAUGGCAAAAAUGACAAGACAACGGUCAACUUUCUGGGUCUGAACAGAUAUCCUGAUCCACACCAACUGGAGCUGAAGGAACUGUUCUGUCGCCUGCGAAACACACAUACCCAUACAGACAAACAAUUGAAACCAGAGAAUAUGUUCUGUGGAGUCGGCUCGGAUGAAGCCAUCGACGCGCUGUUGCGCUGCUUCUGUGUGCCUGGAAAAGACAAGAUCCUGACCUGCCCUCCCACAUACGGCAUGUACGCAGUCAGCGCAGACGUCAAUGAUGUUGAGAUCGUCCAGGUGCCCCUCAACCCUGAGAAUGGCUUCUCACUGCAGCCCCAACAAAUCCUGGACAAACUCUCCUCCGAUCCCUCCAUCAAGAUGGUGUACAUUUGCUCUCCUGGAAACCCCACCGCCAGCCUCAUUCCCAAGGAAGACAUUCAACAAAUAUUAGAGCAUCCGACGUGGAACGGCAUUGUCAUCGUUGACGAAGCAUACAUUGAUUUCUCACCUGAUGGAUCGAGCCUGGCGGAAUGGGUGUUGGAGUGGCCGAACCUGGUGGUGUGUCAAACAUUGAGCAAGGCAUUUGGCUUAGCCGGCAUACGCCUAGGAGUGGUCUUCAGCAGUCGUGAGAUUGCAGCGCUGCUCAACAACAUGAAGGCACCCUAUAACAUCUCCAGUCCAACCAGUGCCAUCGCCAUAGCAGCCUUGCAAGAAGAGAACCUUGCGGUCAUGCGCCAAUACCGCGAGAAGAUCAUCCAGCAACGAGAUAGACUCCUUCGAGAACUUCCACGCAUUCCAGGUAUUGGCCGUUUCCGAGGAGGGUCCGCUUCGAACUUCCUGCUGGUCGAGAUUUUGGACAGACCCCGGGAAGAGGGCGGACAGCCAGACAAUGUGACGGCUUUGAAUGUUUACGAGACCAUGGCGGGGCAACGCGGCGUCGUGGUCCGUUUCCGGGGAAAGGAGUACGGGUGCAAGGGGUGUCUGAGGAUCACAGUGGGCACCGAGCAGGAGGUGGAUCGUUUCCUAGAGGAACUCAGAUCUGUCUUGGGUCACAUUUACUCGGCUUCGUCGCAGGGCUCAAAGGUCAAUGGAAUCGGCAAGGAGAAUCAGAGUGAGGGGGAACGCGAGGUGGCGGCCAACAGUGUGAUAUCAUAAGGGUCACGGCUCCUCCCUAGUGGGUGCCUAGGCCCUGUCUAGGGCUGUGAGGCUUGUCUAGGGGGGGUGCGUCUGGUGCGGUGGUGCCUAGGAGUAGAGUGGAGGCUGCUUAGACUUUUCUUUUUGGCAGAUCCCAUGGCUAAAAGUCCCAUGAGCGGAAGGGGCCUUUUCCCCCAAUGGCGUUGCCUAAACUUUCAUGGCUAUCCCCAAAACUGAUAGAAAGCAACAACACCUGGUUCUCC